ACCGGAAGUGAUGAGAACAUUCUCAGAUAAGCUAUCACCAUACCAACAAGCACUUGUGGAGGAGCUCAAAGUGUCAGCCGUAGAUGGAGUCAAGUUGACACCCAGUCUCCUACCCAAGUCCAAGUAUGUGUUACACUACCGUACACAGCAGCUGUAUUCGCGUCUGGGCAUGGUGGUGACCGCUGUUCACAAGGUGUUGGGAUUUCAGCAGAGUGCCUGGAUGGCUCCCUACAUCAAUCUGAACACUGCACUUCGCACGAGGGCUACAACCGACUUUGAGAAGAGCUUUUACAAGCUGAUGAACAACUCAGUCUUUGGCAAGACGAUGGAGAACGUUCGUAAUCGAAUACGCAUCGAUCUCUUGCGAGAAGAAAGUGAGGAGCAGGUACUGAGGGCAGUGAGCAAGCCUACAUAUGUGCGGCACGACAUUUUCCCGAACGGGCUUGUCGGAAUAGAAAAGCAGCACACUGAGAUCAAGCUCAACAAGCCGGUCUAUGUGGGUAUGUCGAUACUAGACCUGUCAAAGGUACACAUGUACUCCUUCUACUACGAUGUGCUGAAGGAGCAGUAUGGUAGCAGAAUCCGGCUGUUGUACACCGACACCGACUCUGUUAUUGUGCACAUCACCACCGGUGAUGUUUAUGCAGAGAUGGAUCUGUCUCUGUAUGACACCAGCAACUUUCCCACUGACCAUCCUCAGUACACUUCUGCCAAUAAGAAAGUGGUUGGCAAAUUCAAAGAUGAGCUUGGUGGGAAAUCCAUGGUGGAGUUUGUAGGUCUAAGAUCGAAGAUGUACUCCUACAUCGGACAGGAAUCGGCCAAACGGGCCAAGGGUGUGCGAAAGGCAGUCCUGGCAAAUACCAUCACCCACAAGGACUAUGUAGAUGCACUGCUCAGUCAUCGUGUGUCUUCCAGGCCUAUGACGGGUCUCCGAUCACAUUGCCACACAGUGUAUGAGGAGGUAACCACCAAGGUGGCAUUGUCUCCAUUCGACUGCAAGCGGUACAUACUGGAUGAUGGCAUGGCCACACUUGCAUAUGGUCACAAGGACAUUUAAUGGACAGGACCCCACAUUGAACAUGUUUCAUCAUUUUCAUACAAAAACUCCCCGCCGUUCUUCUGUCAUUAAUUCCUCCUAUCUUGGCGUGUCGGGCCGGCUCCAACAAUAUACAUUUUUUGUUAAAUAUUUCAGGCUUGUGCCUCAAUCAUAUUGCAGGAUAUAGUGCAUCGUGCGGUAUAAUAAUCUUCAUUGUAUCAUCAAAUAUUACCCUACACACUUUGGUUUGCAGUGUGUGCACAGCAUAGUCCAUAUAUCAUCAAAUUGAUCAAGUUCAGUAUCUGCGGGCAUACAUUUCCCCAGCUUGAGAAAAUGCUUAUAUACUUGCGUAAAUUUAUGCUCACAAUGAUUACAUUAAAAUGAGAUUAACUCUGCCACACAUUAUAUUACCAGACACUGUUGUUGUUGUUGUCGUCGUCGUUGUUGUUGUUGUUGUUGUUGUUGUUGUUGGUUGUUGUUGGCUGUUGUUGGCUGUUGUUGGCUGUUGUCGGUUG